AUGAAGUUCCUCCUCGGGAAGCCCAGGAGCCACGCGGCUGCUUUUCUGACUGUUUGCUGGCUCCUUUUGAAGAUUCUGCAACUGGGGCACUGCCACUCUUACAACAAUCGCUAUGCUGGUGAUAAAGUGAUAAGACUCAUUCCCAAAUCUGAAGAGGAAGCCCUUGCUCUAAAGAACAUAUACCACCAAGUUCAGGUGGACCUGUGGCAGCCCAGCAGUAUCUCCUAUGUGUCAGAGGGGACAAUUACUGAUGUCCAUAUUUCCCAAAAUGCUUCCAGAACCCUGUUAGCAUUCUUACAGGAAACCCACAUCCACUACAAAGUCCUCAUAGAAGAUCUUCAGAGAGCAGUGGAAAAUGAAAACAGUUUGCAAACCCAGAGAAAUAGAAGAUCCCUGUCUGAAUACAACUAUGAGGUGUACCACUCCUUAGAAGACAUUCAGAGUUGGCUGCACGAUCUGAACCAAACUCAUCCAGCCCUCGUUCGAGUGUUCUCUAUUGGAAGAUCAUAUGAAGGAAGACCUCUCUUUAUUAUACAGCUGGGCAGAAAAUCACGAGCCUACAAAGAAGCUGUCUGGAUAGACUGCGGCAUUCAUGCAAGAGAAUGGAUCGGACCUGCCUUUUGUCAGUGGUUUGUUAAAGAAGCCAUUCUGACCUAUAAGACUGACCCAGCCAUGAAAAAAAUGUUGAAUCAUCUGUAUUUCUAUGUUAUGCCUGUAUUCAACGUCGAUGGAUAUCACUUCAGCUGGACACAUGAUCGAUUCUGGAGAAAGACCCGGUCAAGAAACUCUAAGUUUCGCUGCCGUGGAGUUGAUGCCAAUCGCAACUGGAAAGUGAAAUGGUGCGAUGAAGGAGCCUCUGCACAUCCUUGUGAUGAUACGUACUGCGGUCCUUUCCCAGAAUCCGAGCCGGAAGUGAAGGCUGUGGCUAACUUCCUUCGAAAACACAGAAAGCGCGUUAGGGCCUACCUGUCUUUUCACGCCUACGCUCAGAUGUUGCUGUAUCCCUAUUCUUACAAAUACGCAACAAUCCCCAAUUUUAACUGUGUGGAAUUUGCAGCUCACAAAGCUGUGAAGGCACUUCGGUCGGUACAUGGGAUACGGUACAGACAUGGCCCUGCCUCCCAAACAUUGUAUGUAAGCUCUGGCAACUCAAUGGAUUGGGCUUAUAAAAAUGGAAUACCCUAUGCGUUUGCUUUUGAACUGCGAGACACUGGACAUUUUGGAUUUCUACUGCCAGAGAUGCUCAUCAAACCCACCUGCACAGAGACCAUGCUGGCUGUGAAGAAUAUCACCAUGCACCUGCUAAAGAAAUGUCCUUGAGAGGACCACUCGUCUGGUCUACCAACGCAGAGAAAGCAGACACUGACCAAAAGGCUCCUUGGCAAGUGUAACUGUUUAGACUGGAAGGACCCAUGCACCUUACAGGAUCUUUCAUGCAAUUCGACACUUUGCAAUGACAG